AAUCAAUCAUUUAGUUUGUAUGAUGUAGUGUGCAUAUGAAUAUAUAAGUUGACAGACCUGCUAGAUUGGGCAACUUGUAAUCUAAAAAAGAAGAGGAUGAGCGGCGAGGGGAAGGUGGUAUGCGUGACCGGUGCUUCCGGCUUCAUAGCUUCUUGGCUCGUCAAGCAUUUGCUCCACCGUGGUUACACCGUCCACGCCACCGUUCGCAGCCUCAAGGAUCCAAAUAAGGUGUCACAUCUUCUUGCAUUAGAUGGUGCCAAGGAAAGACUGCAUUUGUUUGAAGCCGACUUACUUGAGAAAAACUCUUUUGACCCUGCAAUUAAUGGGUGUGAAGGUGUUUUCCACACAGCAUCACCUGUUUCUUUUUCACCAUCUGCAACUAAGGUAGAACUAGUGGAUCCUGCAGUAAAGGGGACACUAAAUGUUCUUGGAUCAUGUGGGAGAACACCUUCGGUGAAGAGGGUAGUGGUAACGUCCUCAACGGCGGCUGUUAUGUACAAAUCAAAUCCUAUAAGUCCAACUGAUGUAAUCGAUGAGACUUGGUUUUCUGAUAAAGAAUUUGCAGAGGAAACAAAGCAAUGGUAUGUCUUGUCUAAAGUCCUUGCCGAGGAAGCAGCAUGGAAAUAUGCUGGGGAAAAUAGUAUUGACAUGGUUUCACUGCAUCCUAGCCUUGUUAUUGGCCCUCUUUUACAACCAAUUAUUAAUUUUUCAAGUGAGGUGAUUCUGAAACUCAUAAAAGAAGGAAAGGAUUUCAUGACGUCUUCUCCACUCCUCAAUUGCUAUGUUGAUGUUCGAGACGUCGCAAAUGCACAUAUCGAAGCAUUUGAGAUGCCUUCCGCUAGUGGAAGAUAUUGUUUGGUUGGGGAACCAAUGCACUCUUCUCAGGUUUUAAAGAUUGUUGGUCAGGUUUAUCCCUCUCUUGCUAUUCCUGAGAAAUAUAAAGAAGACUUGCCUAUAUUUAAGGUAUCCCAGGAAAAGGCGAAAAGCUUGGGUAUCAACUUUACUUCUAUAGAAGUGAGCCUUAAGGAUACUAUUGAAAGUUUCAAGGAAAAAAACUUCUUGCGCUUCUAGUUUUUGGAUUUAUUAUUGUUGAAUGUUUGUGAUUGUUGAGCUCUGCAGUGUACUCAUAAACAAUUAAGAGUAAACAC